AUGCAGUUUAAUGAUAUGCCUGUGUCCAGCACUCGGCCGUCCAAGCGAAAGGGUCAAAGUAGCAAGACAUUGAACACAAUUCCCGCCAACGAAAGCCGAAUUGUCCCGUGUACAACUCCUCCGGAAUCAAACAGCUCCAGUAAUGGUCUUUGCAGGGGUGACACACCCUCGAGAAUCAACGACGGCAUAUCGUCUUUCAGGCUGGAUGACCUGUGCACUGCCGCGUCGCUAGCAAGAGAGAACUAUCGUCAUGACAGCCAACCUAACGAGGAGGCAUUUGCUCAACUCGGAAGUGAAUUGAUCUCCUCCCAUCAGGCGGAUGCUGCGGAUAGCUAUCUGGGCGAUCCGGGAUACGGCGAGAUCUAUGGCUCAGAGAUACGACUCAAUGCCGAUGAUCAAAGGAGGCAGGCAGGGGUGCCUUCACCAUUUGUUGAUUUGCCGCCACCAGAGCUCGUGCAGGGAUUUGAGGAGACUUACUUCGAGUAUUGCUCUACUUGGUGCCCUGUUCUCGACAAGAAAACCAUCCAUGGUGAUCUGAACAUAUCCCCGUUGGUGAUGAAUGCACUCUCCCUGGCCGCAAGCCACGUCCAGCCGCCAGUGAUAAUCCAUGCAGAGCCUGCCAGCUAUUACGAUCGUGUGAAGCAGUUAUUCUACGGUGAUCAGGAGCCAAACCUUCUGUUGUGUUUAAAAGCAAUAGCCCUGGUCUAUUGGUGGAGCCCUCGUCCGCCAUCUAGAGUUCAUCGCGACUCGUCCUGGUGGUGGACAACGGUCGCGAUCCGACAUGCUCAGCAUGGAGGAUUUCACCGGGAGCCGAAGACUGGUCAGUUGGACCGAUCGCAUAUUGACAUUGGUCUGAGACGAAGGCUGUGGUGGACGUUCUUUGCGCGAGAACGAUUAACCGCACUGUGUCAAUGCCGCCCAUGCGUGAUCGAUAUAGAAGAUUGCAACGUCGCCGAACCCACCUUGCAGGAUUUCCCCGUCCAGGACAUCAGGGCUGAAAUAUUCAUUCAGUGGGUGAAGCUUUGUGGAAUCGUCGGGAAUGUCGCCAAACAUCUAAUGCGCACGAGCAACAACAUGAUUCUGCAUUUUCCCGUCCGUCAUGCACAGGAGUUGAUCUCAUGGGCCCAUUCUCUUCCACAUCAUCUGUCGUUGCCCAUCGAAGCCGACCUCACUGUAUCCUUCAAUCGCGACGUGCACCAGCUCCACCUGCCGUAUCUUGCGACCAUCAUCGUGCUCCACCUGAGCCAGUCAACCAAACCUCUUCCCCGAGCCUACCCGGCAGCCAUACUCGCAGCGUCUUGUAUAGCUCGGAUCUUGAAAGACUUUCUGGCUCGCGGUCGCAUUCGAUACCUAAUGGGCAUUUCGUGCUGGUACUGCGGGAUGGCGAUGCUAGCUCUUCUGCACGCACAACGCAUACCCCAUCUAGCAAAAUGUGCAGAGGAAGACAUCCGGGUUGUGCUGCUUGCACUUCAGCAGCUCAGGAUUAUGUGGCCGACCGCUGAUAUAUUCCUGCAAGGAUUUGAGCGACUACGUAGUACGGCGGCCGAAUCGCCGUCCGCGGACGAGGCAUUCGACUUAGAAGACAUCAGUUUGAUUCAUGGAAUUGAGUGGACAAAAUAUUUUCCCUUUGUGACUACUCGGACGAGUGGCCUGGCGCAGAUCCUGCUGAACAAUCGGCAGAUGGAGCUGCCCCUAGACCAGGCGGGCUUGGAACUCAGCACGUUCGAGGUGAAUGAUCUGUUUCGACAUUUUGACGGGCUUUUGGAUAUGACCUCUUUCGGGGGGUGA